GUUGGUUCAGUGAAGCAUUGUUUCCCUCCCAACAAUAUAACUUCCUCUCCCAGCGCAUUUCCUUCUUCAGAGUCUCUCUCUACUCCCAACUACUUCGCAUUGUGCCCACCAACUUCCCAGAAGAGAGACUCUUUCUUCAUUCAAUUCCUCUCCUAUCCAUCAUGCAAGAAUCAACCUCCAUCAAGAUUUCCCCUCUCGAUCUCAUGUCUGCCAUCAUCAAAGGCAAUUUUGAUCCCUCCAACGUCUCCUCCGACGCCGCCGCAUCACUCUUACUCGAAAACCGUCAAUUCCUCAUGUUCUUAACCACCUCCGUCGCCGUUCUCAUCGGAUGUGUCGUCGUUUUCGUCUGGCGUAGAUCCACCUCUCCCAAGUCCAAGCCUCUCGAGCCUCCCAAACGCUUCGUCGAGAAGCUUCCUGAAGUUGAGGUCGACGACGGCACCAAAAAGGUCACCAUCUUCUUCGGCACUCAAACCGGUACCGCCGAAGGAUUCGCUAAGGCGAUAGCUGAAGAGGCUAAAGCGCGAUACGACAAGGCCACGUUUCGAGUAAUCGAUCUGGAUGAUUAUGCAGCUGAUGACGAUGAAUACGAGGAAAGGAUGAAAAAGGAGACGCUCGUUCUUUUCUUUUUAGCUACAUAUGGUGAUGGUGAGCCAACUGAUAAUGCGGCUAGAUUUUAUAAAUGGUUUAAAGAGGGGAAUGAGAGAGGAGAAGGAUGGCUUCAGCAUCUUCAGUACGGUGUUUUUGGCCUUGGGAACAGACAGUACGAGCAUUUUAACAAGGUGGCAAAGGUUGUGGAUGAGAUACUUGCUGAGCAAGGGGGGAAGCGUCUUGUGCCAGUGGGUCUAGGAGAUGAUGAUCAAUGCAUUGAGGAUGACUUUACUGCAUGGAAAGAAGAACUGUGGCCAGCAUUGGAUCAAUUGCUUAGAGAUGAGGAUGAUACAACUGUGUCUACACCUUAUACUGCUGCCGUCUUGGAGUACCGGGUUGUGGUUCAUGAUCCAUUAGAUGCAGCUUUUGACGAAAAGAAGUGGCAUAAUGUAAAUGGUCAUGCCAUUGUGGAUGCUCAACAUCCAGUCAGGGCAAAUGUGGCUGUGCGAAAGGAGCUUCAUACUCCUGCAUCAGAUCGUUCUUGCACUCAUCUAGAAUUUGACAUUUCAGGCUCUGGAGUUGUAUAUGAAACAGGGGACCAUGUUGGUGUUUACUGUGAGAAUUUGUCUGAAACUGUGGAAGAGGCAGUAAGGUUAUUAGGUUUGUCACCAGAUACCUAUUUCUCAAUCCACACUGAUGAUGAAGAUGGGAAACCACUUAGUGGAAGCUCGUUGCCACCUCCAUUCCCACCCUGUACUUUAAGAACAGCACUUGCACGAUAUGCGGAUGUUUUGAGUUCACCCAAAAAGUCUGCCUUGCUUGCUUUAGCUGCUCAUGCAUCUAAUCCAUCUGAAGCCAAUCGACUAAGACAUCUUGCCUCACCUGCUGGAAAGGAUGAAUAUUCAGAGUGGGUGAUUACCUCUCAGAGAAGUCUCCUUGAGGUCAUGACUGAAUUUCCAUCAGCCAGACCUCCAAUUGGUGUCUUUUUUGCAGCUGUUGCUCCUCGCCUGCAGCCAAGAUAUUAUUCAAUCUCAUCAUCUCCAAGAAUGGCACCAAACAGAAUUCAUGUUACCUGUGCAUUAGUUUAUGAUAAAAUGCCCACUGGAAGGAUUCACAAAGGAGUGUGUUCAACAUGGAUGAAGAAUUCUGUGCCACUGGAGAAAAGUCAUGACUGCAGUUGGGGUCCUAUCUUUGUUAGGCAGUCCAAUUUUAAACUCCCAGCUGAUAAUAACGUUCCUAUAAUCAUGAUUGGUCCUGGUACUGGAUUGGCUCCUUUCAGGGGUUUCUUGCAGGAGAGAUUAGCUCUGAAAGAAGGAGGAGCUGAACUUGGCCCUUCCGUUUUAUUCUUUGGAUGCAGGAAUCGUCAAAUGGACUACAUCUAUGAAGAUGAGUUGAAUCAUUUUGUUAAUACUGGCGCACUUUCCGAGCUAAUUGUUGCGUUCUCCCGAGAGGGACCCACCAAAGAAUAUGUGCAACAUAAAAUGAUGGAGAAGGCUUCAGAUAUUUGGAGCACGAUAUCGCAGGGAGCUUACAUUUAUGUGUGCGGUGAUGCCAAGGGCAUGGCUAGGGAUGUACACCGCACUCUGCACACAAUUGUGCAAGAGCAGGGUUCUCUGGAUAGUUCCGAAGCUGAGAGCAUGAUAAAGAAUCUACAAAUGACUGGCAGAUAUUUGCGCGAUGUGUGGUGAUGAUAUCUGAAAGCAAGCCGUUGGGUGUCUGAUAAUAAAACGCGCGUAAACAUAUAUAUAUAUGAGUGGUGGGUAAAAGAUAUUGAAGGGGCCUUAUUUGCGCUGCCUUCCAUCAGUGCCCUCAAAGAGAGAGGGUCCUUGUUGCCGUGAUGGCAACAUUUCCUAUGAUUCUUUUUCACUAUAUUUUCUAAUGAAUUCUUUUUUGUUCACGUAAUUUAUAUACUUUGUUUAUACCUAGACUAUAAAGUAUUUUCUUUAGCUUUCUUGUAUUGUAUGAACCUAAAAGAAAGGUUCGGAGAUGCAGACAAUUCCUUGUAUUGUAUGAGCUAC